UAAUUAGUUAUAAGUGAAUUAAAUUAUGAAAUUAGUCAAACAUAUAUUGAAAAGAAACUUUUAAAUGACAAUUUAAACAUUUUUUUUAUGGGUAAAAAUUUAAUUCAAAAAAUUAUCUGACUAUUAUUUAAUGCUGGGUAUGAUUGAGAUAUUUUAAAGAGACUGGUUUGUGACUUGCGUCUCUAAGUAGAUCAACAUGAAAGCAAACAUUUUGGAAAUUUUCCUUCUGUUUUUUUAUCUUGGAGAUGCUCACUUCAAUAAAUGGGAUUUAAAUAAAAAGGAUCAUUUUAUUGUAAGAUCAUCGGGAUCUAAAAAUCAAGAUGUUAAAAAUGUGUUGUUUCAUAAACGCACAUUUAGAAAUCAUGCAAAAAAACAUUCAAUAUCAAUGAAAACUGUUAAAACUUUUUCACAACAAAUUCCAAAAAAUCAAAUAUUUAGUCCUGUAAAUAAUGAAAAUUGGAUUGAUAUUGGAGGUUUAAAGAGAGAUAUGUUAGUGUUUCCAUCACAAACACUGGUUAGUCUGUACCAAAAACCUACCUCAGAAUUUAUAUCUGAUCACAGGAUGCCAUCAGCUGUUUUUUUUGAUGAUCAACUAUUAAAACCAUCUCAAGCUUCUUAUCGCUUUUUAAACUCUGCAAAAUCUACUUUUCCGAGUUACAACUCACAAUAUUCAGCUAAUCAAGAUACAGAUUUAAUUAACACAAUGGAACUUAAUGGUGCCAAUAGACUGCUUUAUGAUGACCCGAUUCCAUCGGAGUACAAAGAUAUGCAGGGGCUUCAAGAUUCUGAAGAGAUGUUAGUGGGAAAAAUUGUUGGAAAUGCUCCAAAGGGAACAAGUUUGACAAAACCUAUCAGUCAACAUUUUUCACCUUUUCAUGCUUCAUCCUUGUCACCUUCUUUAUACAAUGAAAAUAGCAAUAGCAUUCAUAAUUCUUUGAAUAAUGGAUUAUUAGAAAAAAUUCUUGCACCUCAUUUUAAUUCUCAAUUGGGCAUGAAGCUACAAGAAGAAGAAUAUAUAAAACCCUCAAAACAAUUCAAGCAUGGUAUGCAAGAUGCUUUAUUAAAACCCCAAAAAGAAAUUAAUUGUGAUCCAGUCCAAUUAUCAGAAGUGGCAAAUUGUACCAAUUCAAUGGAUCCAUUAUGCAAAGAUGAAGAUUUGAAUUCUUUUCGUUCAAAUGGUUUGCAUCAACAUCAGACUUUUCGUAGAGUUCAUCAAACACCUCCACUUGAGUUAAAUACUAUACUAAACAAUGAGGCACAAAAUUAUUCAGAGGUGUUGGCAAACGCACCAAAACUUUCUUACUCUGACCCCCGUGAUCGUCCUGGGCAAGGUGAAAACAUUGCAGUUCGAUGUUCAGAUGAUGGGUCAAUUUUGUCAGCUAAAGAAGCUGUUAUAUAUUGGUAUAAUAAAGCUUGUAAAGAUGAAAAAGAUCCCUCACACUUUUCUUCAGAAAUAACACAGUUUGCACAACUUGUAUGGAAAAAUACUAACUAUUUAGGGAUGGGAAGGGCAACUAAAAAAAAAGGUGAUCUUUUAUGUACUUAUAUAGUUGCAAGAUAUUCACCCCAGGCAACAAAGGAUGGUUUUACUGAAAAUGUUCCACAAUUUGAUAGUCGAAAAAUUUGCAUUAAUAAGUGUAUUAAAGAUGCUGAUCAUGUUUCAGUUUCUAACAGUGAACUGCCUUCAAUAAGUAAGUUUGAGUUAGAUGACAAGGAAAAGUUUUUAAGUCAUGAAGCCAUAUUCAACAAAAUGAAAGAUAUAACUGAGGAAGAUCGACAACGCUUGCAGACAAGAAGUGAAGAAGGAAUACAUCAAGAAAAGCAAAUGGAUCAUUUGCCUACAGAAACGCAUCAAGAUACUUCAUUUGCUUCUGAAUAUGGAAAAUUAACUCAUGAAAAUGUAAAUAACCAAGAAGUUAAUUUAGAAGUUCAAAAAUCUUCUAAAUCUGCAGAGUAUCCUUUGGUAAUUCAUAGCUCUGCAUCAAAAAGAAAUCCUGUAAAAAUCCCUAAUAAACUCUUUACUGUGAGAUCAAAAGCAGAAGAUGACUUGGAUUUAGAAGAUGAUGAUUUAAAAAAGCCAAGUCACAAUGAGAAUGUCUUGGACUUAAGUUCUCCAAAACGACAUAGACACAAAGGGAUACCAUUUAGUAAUCUUUCACAUAGUUCUCUAAUUAAUGGAGAUGAAACUGAUCUUGCUCAUCCAAAUAAUAUCAACAUUCACCAUCAAAGUCCAUUAAAAGAAAGAGCUCAUGAAAUGGAAAGUGAAAGAGAAGAUCAGGAAAAAGAUGAAUCCGAUGUUGAACAUGACAGGUAUGUUGAAAAAAUGCAACGCCAUUAUGAAAGAAUUCAAUCACAAGCUAAUGAACAAAAAAUUAAAGAUAGAAACCGUGGUGCUGCGUUCAUGGAAAGAUUUUUAAGUCCAGAUACUAAUGGUGGAAGUCCAAGUUUUGAGGCAUCUUCAUCCACAUGGCGAGAACCUAAAAAAAAGAGAAAACGAAGAAAGAAGAAAUAUGAUGAUGAAGAUGAUGACAAUGAUGAAAGUUCUGAGCAAAAAGACAAGGAUGAAAACCAAGAAAAAAACAAAAAAUUUGAAGAUAGUGAAGAUAAAGAAAGUGAAGACAAUGAAAACAAAGAUGUAGAUGCAUCGUCUCGAGUUUUUGGUAAAAAAGUUAAAAAUUUGGUGGACUCAGAGGUUAGCGAAUACGAUGCUUCAGGGAAAUUAAUUGCUAAAAGUGUGGAUUUAGAUAAAAUGAAACCGUCUCAUCUUAAAUUUUCUGAGUUUAAAAGUGGAAAAAAAAACCAACAUAGAGAGGAAGGUACUCUUGUUAACCCACAUGCACCUGAACAAUUAUCCUGGAAUGCUGAUAUUAAUUCCAAGGUUUCUAAUACAGAAAUUGUCAAUUUGAAAAGUGGUAAGCUAGAUAAUUCAAACACUGCUACUAGCACUCAUGAAAAAACAUUAUCUAAACAAGAUAUUAAAGAAAGUUCUGUCAAUCAUUUAAAUAAUCCCCCUAACCCCACUAAAGAUUCAAAUACUCCACUGACUUUAAGUAUCAAUCAUAUUACACAAAAUGAAAAAAGUUUAAAGGAAAACACAAGCAAAGCUUUGUUGAAAGUAGAACCAGCUAUAUCUCCAAAUUUAAAAGAAAAUUUUUUAAAAACUGUUUUAAAAACAGAAAAAUUAUCAACAGAUUUAGUAAAAUCCCAGCCAUCACUUCAUGCAGGAACCUUACCUGGAGGAACCAUUAAUAGUACUUUGUCACUUAAUAACGAUUCAAUCAAAGUUUUACCAAAUUUAGUAGCUUCAUCUCAGCUAAAAACAAGCAAUAAUCUUAACACUGUUAAGAUUACUGAUAGUAAUCUUAACACUGUUCAUCAUGAAAAGUCUGUACAACUUACAAACCUAAAUAACACUGCCAAAGUUGAUCAUUCAAAGUCUAUCAAAAUGAAUGUUAAAAUUUCUGAACAGUUAGAAAAAAUGUCCGGUCAGUCAGAUAAGUUAUCUAGUCAAUCGGAAAAAAUGCCUGGCCAGUCAGAAAAAAUGCCUGGUCAAUCCUCAGAAAAGAUCCAAGCUGAUUACAAUAAGAUUAGUUUGUCAAAAAAACUUGAAAAGUUAGAACCACCAAAAAGAUUACUCCAUAAUGAAUUAAACUUGGAAAGUUUGGAUUCUGAGCCAAAGUUUGAAAAAGGAAGUGAUGCAGAGAUACAAUACAAGAUUAAUAAAAAAGUAAGCAAAGUACAAUCUUUAAAUGACGAUAAAGAAGAUUCAGUAGAUUUUUUUAAUAAAUUAAAAACCGACUUUGUUAAAGUUAAGACUGAAAUGAAGCUGCCGAUGAAAAAGAAGAAAAAUGAAGACUUAAAAACUGUGGCACAAUUUGAAGAUAUUGGUGAAGAAAAUCAUGAAAAUAUUGAAUCAAAUGAUGAGAGUACAUUUCAACAUGAAUCACCAUUAGCAUUGGCAGAAAAAACACUUAACGAAAUCAAUAACACAAUUGUAAAAAAUGAACUUGAGUCUAAAGAUAAAUCAGUUUUAAGAGAACCUACUGUAACACCAGUGGCUUUCAUUCAACCUUCUACAGAAGGCAUUGCUAGUAUUUCACAAGAUGUUCAUAAAUCUUUAAAAAAACCUGAUAUUGCUUUUAAAAUCAAUAAUGCAACUGUAAAGAAUGAACUUGAAUCUAAAGCAUCACCAGUUAUAAGAGAGUCUGCAUUAAUGCCAGUCACUUUUAUUCAACCUGCAUCUAUAACAGAUUCAAAUGUAAGAGAUCCGCAAGUUGUGCAUAAGUCAUCUCCAGAGAAACCUGAUGUGAUGGUGAUUAUUAACAAUACACAAAAUAGAACAUUGCAGCGAUCAUUUUCACACAAAUUACCCCGACAAGAUCCAGAAGAAGAAGAUCUUCCUGUAUUUCAAGAAGUGACAGAUACAAGAAUACCAAAUAAUGAAGAAGCUGAUAUACACGAACUGUCACGUUCAUCUAGAAUGAAACCAACCAGACCAGUUAGGAGGACUGUUCCUGGUUUACGAAUAUCAAACCUUACAAAUAAUGGCCUAGUAGAUUUGAUGUUUCUUGAAAAAGCAUCCCCAAAAACAAGUGAUCCAGCGACACGACAUGUGCUGCAAACAUUUUUUGAUAGUGUAGGUUUGAAGUUAAAUGGAGAAUCCACAUCAUAUAUUCAGCUGAUUCCAACAAAAGAUUUAGAUGAGUUUCGAAAAGAAAUGGUUGAGCAACAUAACAAAUUUAGGAGUAUUCAUUUAGUAAAACCAUUGCACUUGGAUAAAAGUUUAAGCAAAGAUGCUCAAUCAUAUGCUGCAUAUGUAGCAAAACAUAAUUCAGUUGCCCAUUCAGAUCCUAAAGAUCGUCCUGACAUUGGAGAAAGUGUAGCUGAAAUGUGUACAAAAGAGGGAGUGCUUCCCACUGCUGAGCAUAUUGUUUCUAAAUGGUAUUCUGAAAUAUGUAACCCUGGUUUUGACUUUAAAAAUGUGUCUAAACAGCCUGGUACUGGGCAUUUUACACAAAUUAUUUGGAAAGAUACAGAUAAGCUUGGUAUAGGUUUAGCUGUUGCUAACCAUCCUAAUGGAGAUUCCUGCUCCUAUGUUGUUGCAAGAUAUAAAAGCGCUGGAAAUUAUUUGGAUAAAAUAAAAGAAAAUGUUUUAGAAGGAUAUUUUUCACGAGAAAAAUGUAAUGCGCUUGAAUCAAAUGUUUUUAGUAGAAAUAUAUUAGCACGGGCCAGUCAUCUACCCAUACCAGGUGCAGUACGAACAAUGAAAGAUCAUACCCAAAAACAUUCAGUUAAAGGAAAAUAUAACAAGAAAAAAAAAGAAAAAGACCUAGUUGAUCAUUCAACACCUAUUAAAAAUCUAGAAAUCAAUAAACCAAAGCAGUUUUUAAGUAUAAAUCAAGUCCCAGCAAAUACUCCACAAAAACUGACUGUUGCAACCGAUAAGAAAACUGAUGUUGACUUUGAAGUUCGUGAAGAUACUGAUGAAGAACCUCAGUCGAAAAGUAAGAUAUUGAGACACAGUAAAAAUGAAACAGAUCUUGAUAAAAAAUCUCAAAUUUAUUCCAACCAAAGUUUUGCUAGUUACAAAAAAUCACAUAUUCAAAAAGGAUUCAGAGGAAGCAAAGGAUUCAAAGGAAGCGAAGGAUUCAGAGGAAGCGAAGGAUUCAGAGAUGCAUAUCAGUAUAAUUAUAAGAACUUUUGGAAUGAUGAAAAAAGAGAAAAGCGUUCUAAUGAAAAAAAUAUUAGUGUUAAUAUAGCAAAAAAGCAAGAUUUUAUUUAUCCUGAUUUCAGUCAAGGAGGUGAAUUUUCUGCUUCUACUCCAGUUCAUUCAUUCAUUAUUAAUAGUAAAGGAGCUGUUUUUCCGCUUCCGAAUGCUCAGAGUGUUGGACAGUUUGAUGCAAAUAAAAACCUGUUAGCCCCUAAUUUAGAAUAUUCUAAACCAAUCCAAAAUGUACAAAAUAUACUGGCACAACCACCAGUGCAGCAAAAUAACUUAGUUGCAAACUCACUGGGUUCCAUGUCUUCGAUAACUCCUUUAUCUUCUAAUACAAAUUAUUUAGACUUGCUAAGGCAAUCCAAUAAAAAUCUAGAUAACAGUUUUCUUUUGUCUCAGUUAAAUUUGAAUAAUAAAGUGAUUAAUCAUCCAAUUCAAUUAAACAAUAUUAUUCAGUCUGGAAUAGCAAAGCAAACUGAUUUAUUAAAAAAGCCAGAUGAACAACAAGUUUUGACUGCUUUAAAUCAAAACUUACUAAAUAAUAAGGUGAUUGACAGCUCAUCAGAUCUUGUACGUCAAAAACUUGUAUUGCCAAAGUUUGGCAAAAGCUCUGAAGAUAAUUUAGGUGUACCACUUUGUAUGUUACCUGCUAUAGAUGCUAAAGAAGCAUUAGAAUUAUCUAGCAAAAAUUUUAAUAAUCGAACUUUACCUCGAGCCAUAAUGAAACUAUGUAACAAUAGCUUUUUAAAUCGUUUAAAGUUUUUAAACCAGUUUAAAAAUGGAGAAAAUGGUGAUGUUGCAAAAAAAUUUAUUGUUCCAAAGUCAAGAAUUCCUUAUCGCCUGCAAAGUGUUGGGCUAAGCAAAAAAGAUGCAGAAUAUGAAGUAAACAAAUAUUUUCAACAUUCUAAAAAAUCAAAACAAAAAAACUUGAUUGUUCAUAAAAAUCCCCAAAAAAGCACAAAGUUGUUAACCAAAUCAUAUGCUAAAGUUUUAAAAAAACAAGAUAAUAAAACUUUUAAAGAUAAAAACUCUAUUAAGUAUCAAAAACCUGUUGUUAGUUUUGAAGAGAAUAAAAAAUAUAACAACAAAAGUGAUCUAGAAAAUUACUUAGGAAACAUUGUUGUCAAGCUACAUGAUUUAAAUAGUGGCAAGAAUGCUGACACUUAUCAAACAAAAAAAUCAAGUGUUAAAACUGAAUCUCAAUUAGAAACAAAGUCAAGCCGUAAAUUUGCUAUUGAUGCAUCAAUAAAACCUGAGAAUUCAGUUACAGACACUGGACACAAGCGGUUGUUACAAAGUCAAGAAAACAUUGAGGCAAAACAGUUUGAUUCUGCCUAUAGCUCAAUGCCGCAUGAAAUUGGAAUUGAACAAAUGCAUGAAAAUAAUCAUAUUGAAGAAGUCAGUGCUAAUGCUAACUCUGGAUCAUAUACGGCUACUGAGUUAGAAGUAAAUGACAAACAAUUUCCAUCUAAUAAUCAAGAAACAUUAGUUAAUGACCACGACACUGAGUUAUAUGGUUUAAAUUCUGAACAAAACACAGGGUGGAAGGGAGACCAGGGUGUAGAACAAAACGCAGGAUGGAAAGGAGAACAGGGUGGAGAAAAAGAUUUAGAAGAAGCUUUUAAUAAUAACUUUGGUUCCAGCACACAAAAAACUUUACCUGUUGAAAAAUCUGAAACUUCUGUUACUGCCACUGACAGUAUGCAAGAUUUGGAUCAUUCACAAUCACUGUCAAAUAAAGAAGAAGAGAAAAUAAGUAGUGAUAAUAGUGUUCAAGCGUCUACUGAAGAUGAAUCAGCCCUAGCAGCAAAGUUUAAGAUGGCUCCAAAGACUGUUGAUGUACCAAACAUAAAGCCAUUGCAAACUUAUAGCAAAGAAUUGGAAAAAGAGGUACAAAGAAUUCCAACUGAAGAAAUUAAAGAUAGUAAUAUAGAAGCUAAUGUUGUUGCACAUCAUAUUGCUAAUUCUUUUAACUGGGAUGUAUUAAAUACUCCAACACAUAAAAAAAAAGUUAAAAGUCAUGACUUGAAUACCCAUGACGCAAAACAAGAUUCAAAGCAAAAAGGUUUGCAUGUUUAUGAUAGCAAUUUAAUAUUAGACAGAAAUCAACGAAAUGUAAGAAGUGGAAAAAAUAAAAUAGAAAACAGAUCGCUUGAACAAAUUUUUGAUGCUGAUGAAAAAGAAAAUAAAAUUGAAAAUUUAGAGGAGCAAAAAGACGGACUUCAAAAUUACAAAAUCACAAAUGAUUACCAAAAACCAUACAAUAAAGAAAAUAUAAAAAGUUAUUUAGCUUUGCGUCAUUUUAAAGAGUACCAAUUAAAAAAAUUAAAAGAUGUUCAUGAAAAACAGUUACUCAAAGCAAAAUUAAAUAAAAAAAUCGAAGAGAAAGAACUUAAAAAAUUUAGUGAAGAUUUUUUAAAGGAAGCAACAAAGUUAAUGAAAGAAUCUUCUAGCAAAGAAAAGAAAAAAAAAUUGAAACUUAGCAAACUAGACAAUGCCAAAAUGAAAUCUAAAGAAUCUGAUGAUUCAGAAUUAGAUUCUGAUAUUCAACCUAUUGCUAACAGUAGUAAAAACAAACCUGAAAAAAUUGAAAAAGAAUUUGGAAAUUUAGAAGACAAAAUAAAAGUGGUUGAUCCAUCCUUGGCUGAUCAGACGUUUUCGGAUCAUACAUCUCUCUUACCUGAUGAUGAAAUCUUCUUGAGACCUCAAAAUCCAUCUAUUGUUGAGCAAUCUGCUCUGAUGGCAAUAAAUCAACUUCGUGCAAUUCAUCUUGCUCCAAAACUACAUUUAAGUGAAAAACUUUCUCGAGAUGCACAACUGUAUGCUAAUGAGCUAGUUCAAAGACAUGGUGGUGUAUUAAUUAACUCACCUAUCCUUACUCGGCUUGAUCAGGGAGAGAAUUUAGCAAUUGACUGUGACCCUCAUGAUAAAUUAAUGUCUGGUUCUGAAGCAGUUGUGAAAUGGUAUAAAGAGCUUUGUGAAAAAGAAUACAACUUUAAUGAGGAACCUACAGCUGAUCAAGCUCUUGGCACGCUUCAUUUUACCCAAAUGGUUUGGCAGUCUACAAAAAUAUUUGGUAUCGGUAUCGUUACCACCAAAAAAAAUAAAAUGACUUGUACUAUUGUUGUGGCUCGGUUUCAUCCUCCAGGAAACAUUCCAAAAAGGUUUAAGAAAAAUGUUAUUGAAGGACUGUUUGAUGGAAAAAUUUGUGCAUCUAUUAAAAAAAUUAGUGAUGCUAGUGACUCUAUAGUAGACCAUACUGCUCUAUAUUCUUCACAGAUUAAAAGUGAUCAAUACAUCAAACACCCACAUAAGUCUAAGAAUGAGAAAUCUUUAUUUGGGCAACCAAAGUUUGACAUAAAAGAGUUAGGUAAUUUUGUUAAUAAGACAGGUAAUGAUUUCAGUGAAAAUUCUGAUGAAGAAAAUAUAAAAGCCUCUCUAGAAGAAAAUGAUGAAAAAAACGUAAAAUUUGAAAGAGCAAAUGAACAUCCUUUGUAUCAGAAAGUUCUCCAACAAAUGAAUGAAAUAGAACAGCAAAAAAAAGUAGCAAAGUAUUAUUCUGCUCCGGAUAUUGCUAUGGCAACAGAAAACUACAAACCUAAAGUCAUUGCAAAUGAUCAGCAAAUAACUGAAGACAUCAAUAUUCCUCUCUACUCUGAGAGUGCUGCAAAAGAUUUUGUGAGCAUUAGAGGUUUAAUUGGAAAAUCAAAUAGUUCUUUAGAAGCUCUUGAAACUCCACUACACCUGAAAGGAAGUCCACUUGAUGAACUGGAUGAUGAGCCAAAGUUAAAAUUUAUUCGAGCUGAUGAAAAAGGAGGCGACGUAGAGGAUAUGAUGCGUUCCAAUAACAGAGCUUUAAUGAAAGAAGAUUUUAUUCAUAAAAACAUUUCUGGAGAUGCUGAUGUCUCAGAACUACUUUGGAAUAAAGAUGAGGGAGGACAUGAUCAUUCAUUUGUUCGAAGCAAUCACAGAAUGAAUGGUUUCCAUCAAUCAGUGGAUUUACCUUCAGAACAUGAAAUAGGGUAUGUUUCUAAAAUCCAAGAUGAUAAUGACCUGUCAGAGAAUGAAAAACAAACAAAAGUUGUUCAUAAUGAGAUAAAUAGUGAUACUCAAAGUUUAGAAAAUUCUACUCACAAUGAAAUUUCAAAGGAUGAGGAAGAGUCAGCCAUUUUGAACAAAUAUCUUACAAAUAAACUAAAAAUGCACAAUUAUAAAGCAAUUCAAAUAGGAGAACAUUUAAUUCUGCAUACACUUGGAAAUUCAUCAAUUGAAAAUUUGAACAAUAAAAUUUCUUCUAAAGUUAAGGAGGAAAAGAUGAAUUUACCUAAUGAAGACAAAGAAAAGACAAAUUUAUCCAAUGAAGACAAGGAAAAUAUGAGUUUAUCCAAUGAAGAGAAAGAAAAUAUAAGUUUGUCCAAUGUAGAUAAGGAAAAGAUGAGUUUGUCCAAUGAAGACAAAGAAAAGAUGAGUUUGUCAAAUGAAGACAAGGAAAAGAUGAGUUUGUCCAAUGAAGACAAGGAAAAGAUGAGUUUGUCCAAUGAAGACAAGGAACAGAUGAGUUUGUCCAAUGAAGACAAGGAAAAGAUGAGUUUGUCAAAUGAAGAUAAGGAGAAGAUGAUUUUAUCAAAUAAAGUAGAUGAAAAGAUGAGUUUGUCUAAUGAAGAAAAUGAAAAGAUGUCUAACAAAGAAGAAGAAAGUUUGUCUAAUAAAGAAAAGGAAAAGAUUAGACUGUCAAAUAAAAAAAAGAAAAAGUUGUCUAGUAAAUUAACCAAUGGAAAUGACCGCUUUAUGUUAAAUACUGAUCAAGAAAAAGUUGAAAUUAAAAAAUAUGACAAUGAAGAAAAAAAACCUGGUAGCAAAAAACUUAAUGCUUUAAAUGAGCAAAAUGAAGGUGAAAAGAAACCGGAAGAUUUAAUAUACGAAUCUUCUUCAUUAAAGAAUAGUAGAAAAAAGUUAAACCAUCUUGAUCAAUCUCAUUAUGAACAUCCACAAAAUAAAAAAUUGGGUAAUAGCCUUGAAGAUCAAACUACAUUUGAAGAAAAUAAUGAAGGAUCAAAGACUCUUAAUGCAAAUAUUAAAAAUAAAGAACAGGUUCAGACAGUAAAAAAACCACCUAAUCGUAAACCUCCAAAGGGUCUUAAAGGACAUGGAGAAGAAGAACAACCUGAGGAUAAUAAACCAGUUGCUGGAAAUGAGAUGUUAGGUAACAAUGAAAAUAAAAGACCAUCAAAAAGACCUACACAUGGAUCUGAUCCAUACAAGCCUAUCCUUAGUCCAUCCCCUACUCCUCUGGUUAUCCCCAGUCCAAGCCCAAUGUCUAGUUCAUUUGAUGCCAAAUUAGUUCAGACAUUAGGGCCAUGGCCCUCUGUAAGCUUCUCUAGUUUUGGUAGUCCAGUUGUAUUGCAUAUUGGUGCUACAGGAUUUUAUGAAGAUGAUUUAGCAUUUCUACGUAUCGGACUAAGUACUCAUAAUAAACUUAGAAAAAUACAUGGUUCACCACCCAUGGAAAUGGACCAAGAACUUACUGCUAAAGCAUAUCGACAUGCUGUUUCACUCACUAAUCUUGGUUAUUUGAAACAUGAAUCCUUAAAACAAAAUCCUACAUUAGAAUUGUUACCUGGAGUUAUCUCAACAGUGGGAGAGAAUUUAUUUUUAGGCUGUUAUGACGGAGAGUAUGAUAUUUCUGCAGAAGAGGCUGUUGUAAGAUGGUAUGGGGAAGUAUGUUCUCCUGGUCAUUGUUUCAAUAAAACUUCUCAAUGUUCUGGAACUGGGCACUUUUCUCAAGUUGUUUGGGCUUCCAGUGUAAAGCUUGGCAUGGCAAAAGCAACGCGUAUGCAAAAUGGACUUAGAUGCACAUAUAUUGUUGCAAAAUACUUUCCUGAAGGUAAUAAUCACAUGCUUUAUAAUGAAAAUGUUCUUAAAGGAAACUUCAAUGAAAAAGAAACAUGCCAUGACGUAAUAGAGGCUUUAGUUACCUUUGAAACAAGAAAUAUUGAUAAAGCAAAUAUGGUAGCUAAAGAAAAAAAUUUGGCAAGAAUGGAGUUUUUAAAAUCCUUAAAGGAUGCUGAAAAACAAGUGACAGAAAAUCUUAAUAAAGAAUUAGCUACAGGUAAUGUUCAAUUGUAUAAUUCAAGUUGUUGUGGGUUGAUGUUGAAUGAUCUUGAUCAAAUAAAAGAAAAUUUACCUGUAAAUGCAGGUGGAACUGGUACUGAAAUAAACAAUGUUCAACAGAUUUCUCAAGAUCAUUUUGAAGAAUUAAAAAAUUCAAAUCCAGCACCUAUCCUAAAUUCGAAGUUUGCUUUAAAAACCCAAAAAGCUAUUAGAAAUGACGGUUUGCAAGAUAGCAGACAAGAAUUAAUCAGAGAUCAAAGGUAUAUGAAUUCUACAUUUAUCACUUCAUCAAAGAACAAAAACUCUGUUAGUGAGAUGAAUCCUAUUAGAGAAGCAAAAGUUUCUGAUGAAAAUGAAAUUUUAAAUGUAAAAGAUCCUAAUCUUGAACUAAAUUCUCAACACUCUAAUGACGAGAUGGAAGCAAAUGGUGUUACCAAAAGUGAUAGCGGAUUAGAUAAAGAGGCUGUUUCUAGUUUCACACCUUCAGAGAUAAAUGAUCUUGACAUAACAACUGCUAGAAACAAAUUGCAUACUAAGAAACAGGCAGAAGUAUCUUUGGACCAAGAUGUUAACCUAAUACAGCAAUCAGAAAAUAAAAGUAAACCUAUUAAAAAAAAAGAAAAUGAGUCCAACUUGGAAAAGUUGAUGCAUAAUCAAAAAAAGAAUAAAAAACUAUCUUUAGGAAAUACUAGAGUUGAUGGGGUUUCAAAUAAUGACUUUGAUGAUGAAGAAAAAAUAAGACCUCAACAACAAAGUAAACAUGAUCCUUUAGAGUCGACAAUUUUUCCAACUCUUCGAAAAACCCAAAAAAGUGUUUCCAAAAAAAAACCUGUCAUUGUUGCUAACAGAGAAGAUUCGAUUGAUGCAGAAUCUGGAGAUAGUGAUGAAAACAUAAGUCAAAAAAAAGAAUCUCAUAUUAAAAAAAUUUCAGGACAAAAAUUGCCUACCGUAAACAUAAAUGUUCCCGGAGGUCCUAAUGACCCUACGGCAAAAUUAGAAGAUAUGGCUGCUGCAAGUCACUCUGCAGAGACAGAAUAUAAACCAAAUUCAAUUUCGAAACCAGUAUUAGAUGAAAAAUUUAAUAAUCACAAUAAAACAGUUAAAGUUGUAUUAAGCUACAAAGAUCGACUUCAGAAUUUAUUGAAAAUGAAAAAUUUUAAAAAUAAUUCUUUAAACUUGUUAACUCAAGAUUUGAGUAAAGACAUACAUCAUGUGUUUGAAACCUCUACUAAUGUUGCCAUGCCAACUAAUGUUGCCAGUGGGCUGAUUUUGAAUAAAUUGAAAAAUCCAAUUAUUGAUAGUUUAGUUCCAAAUGAAAUCAAUCCGGAAGAUUCUAUUCAGAAACCUUCUUCUGUGUACCAACAUUUUAAUAGUGAAAGUCAUACCUUGACAAAUAAAUUAAAAUGGAAUGAUGAAGAAAAUAAGCAGACACCUUAUUUGACAGAUAAUAUAAACAUUACAGAUAUUCAUCAAUAUGAUGAUGACAGGUUUAUAUCUGAUUCCGAUGAUCUUUCAUCAUCACCAACUAUAUCAGUAAAAGUGGAGUGUAAAAUAAGCUCUGAGAAUCCAGAUCAAGCUGCACCUUAUUUAUUGUCAACAAAAUGCGGAAGUGAAAAUGAAAAAGCGUUUCAUGGCCCAAUGACUGGUGAUGUUUCAUUGUUUCAGUUAUCAGCAUUGAAUGCGCACAAUGCUUAUCGACAUGCACACAAUGCACCUUCAUUAGUUUUAAAUGCACAAAUGUCAAAAGAGGCAACUGAGUAUGCGAAGAAAAUUGCUGAAGCUGCCUCAUUAAGUCAUUCUAAUACUGAAGAUGGUGAAAAUAUUGCUACUGUUUGUCGUAGUAAAGAUGAGCUAAUGACAGGACAGGAAGCUUCAACAAUAUGGUAUAGAGAAGUAUGUGACCCUGGCUAUGAUUUUUCUGCUGCUGUACCUGGGAAAGCUGGUCAUUUUACCCAAGUUGUAUGGAAAACCUCAAGACAAUUUGGUAUAGGGCGUGCUUCUAAGUUUCACAAUGGACUGUUAUGUACAUAUGUUGUAGCCAGAUAUCGCCCUGCAGGGAAUUUUAUUGGUGAAUUUGCUGCUAAUGUCUUGCAAGGUCAUUUUCGAUCACCUCGUGAAUGUUUGAAUUUAGCUAGAAAAAGGUCUGGUAUUCGAUUUCCCAGAUCAUUUAAGGAGGAAAAAAGAAACAUUAGUAAAGAUAAUUAUUAUUACAAAAAAAAUUUGUAUGCAAGUAACACAAAGAAUGAAAGUAUUUAUGAUAAAGGAAGAAAAUUUAGUGGUAAAAAACUGGUUUCAGGCUAUUUUGGCAUUUUUCUACCAACUAAUGUUUCAUCAAAUGAGGUGUCAAAAGAAUUAGAGAGCAAGUCAACAGAAAAUCAACUUGAGAUUAGUUUGAAUACUCCUUUAGCUGGUGAUUUCUUAUUAGACAAUCAAGUUUCAGAGUUUGAAUUAACAAGCUUAAAGCUUCACAACUUGUUUCGAAGUGUUCACCUAUCACCACCCCUCAGUCUUGAUAAUAAUCUCACAUUUGAAGCAAAAAAGAGAGCUGAUUUCAUUGCAGGAAAAGACAUAUAUCUAAAGAGUAAAAUUCUGUCUUUGGAAAAUGAAAAUGUUGCAGAAACAUGUAAAGAUUCAAGAGAGUUACUUACAGGGACUGAUGCAGUUACUUCUUGGUAUAAUACUGUUUGCUCUCCAUCUUAUAUUUUUGGUGUUGAUUGGGUGCAAGAAAAAUCUGCCCCUUUCACUCAGUUGGUAUGGAAGGAAUCAACUCUCUUGGGUAUUGCUCGAACUAAUUUUUAUAAAAAUAAAAAAAGGUGCAGUGUGGUUGUUGCAAAGUAUUCAAAACGAAAAAAUAAAACUGCAUUUAAAUCAAAUGUGUUUCAAGGUGAUUUUGACAAAAAGUCUUACUGUAAUGGAUUGGGAGCUGUUUACCCAGAGGUUGUGCAACAAAACAAUGCUAUAGUUGAAACAGUUCUUCCUAAACGUUUAGUACCACUUGAUACACAAGACUUUAGACAAGAAGCUUUAAGCUUGCACAACAAAUUUCGAAUGAUUCAUGGUUCACCUGCGAUAAAACUUGAUGAAGAUUUAUGCAUAGAAGCAGAAAUGUAUGCUUCAAUACUUGCCACGGAAGGAGUCUUGAAGCAUAGCAAUACCAAAUACGGUGAAAAUUAUGCUAAAAGUUGUUCAAAAAAUGAAACAUUGACUGGAGAUGAAACCGUUAGAACUUGGUACAAUGAAGUUUGUAAUCCUGGAUAUAUUUUUGCUCACGAACCGCCUAAAGCUGGUACCGAAUCCUUUGCACAGAUGAUUUGGAAGGAAACUUCUAAAAUGGGAAUUGGGAGAGCAAAUUCCGAAGAGAAUGGCAUGUAUUGUACCUACGUAGUAAGUAGGUACAAUAAACGAGUUAUGCCUAAUCAGCACAAUAAAAAUGUGUUAAAAGGAAAAUUUGAUUUUGGUUAUUGUGAAUCUUUGGGAAAACCAUCCCAUAAAACGAAUAUUCGUGAUAAACCUGACGGGUUAAGACGCACAAUAAACCAAAACAUUAUGCCCAGUCGGCGAUAUUUCAAGCAUUAUCAGCGACGAUUCAGAGGUAUAAAAUAUUCUGACGGAAAUAAUUUUUUAACCCUAAACAAAAGAGGGCACAAAAGUUUUGAACGACGUUAAUUUGGAGUUGUUACUAAAUUGAAUGUUUUGGAAUUUUUUAACAUGAUUAAAUAAUUUUUUCUGUUA